GCUGGGGAGCUGCGGUGCGGGGAGCGGAGGUGAGGGAGGCGCGGGGCCGCGGUGCGCUGCAUCCCGGUGCGCUGCAUCCCGGUGCGCUGCAUCCCGGUGCUCUGCAUCCCGGUGUUCCCGCAGCCCGGUGCGCCCGUGCCGCCGAGCCCCGACAUUCCCGCAGCCCGGUGCUCCCGGUGCCGGCGCUCAUUCCCCGCUCAGCUCGGCUCGCCCAAGGGCAUCGCGGCGGAGGCGCGUCCCGGAGCAUCCCCAGGCAGGGGCCGCUGACCUUGGCGAGUGCGGCCGCUGCCACGGCGGGUCCCCGGCGGCUCGGUCUCCUCCAACCCCCCUGGAGCUGAAGAUGGACGUGAAGAGGGUGAAGGACUACCUCUACUGGCUGUACUACCAGUACCAGCUGGUGACGUGCAGCUACGUGCUGGAGCCCUGGGAGCAGUCCAUGUUCCACACCAUCACCGUCACCGUGGUGGCCAUGGUGGUGUACACAGCCUACGUCUUCGUGCCCAUCCACGUCCGCCUGGCCUUGGAAUUCUUCUCCCAGAUUUUCAGGGCCCAGCCCGAGAGCACCGUGGUGAACUGAGCCGGCCGCAGCAGGGCCCAGCAGCUCUUGCAGCUUUGUGAAAUUGUGUUCAUGCUGAAGUUUGGCACUUAGGAAAACCCUGCUUGCUUCACCACCGGGGCUGGAGAGCAGAGCGGGGCGCUGAGCACAGCCCCUCUUCCAUAAACACUCUGGGAAUGGGACACACUGCCUGGAAUGGCACAGGAUGCAAGCAGCUCCUGCUUCCAGCAGCCUCAUUGAACCACUCUGGCAGAGACUGUUCUGGGGGCUCAUCACACACCAAGUUCUAUCGACACGGUCCAGUGGCCAUGUUAGGGGAUAUUAAAAAAUGAGGAUAUCCAGCAGGAUUUGAGUGUUCAUAUCUGGCUGGGUACUGACUUCCAGGCUUUAAUGGAUGGGAGAGGAAACUGGAACAGAAAGCAACAGGAGGAUGAACUUCAGUCCAGCUUUUUUCAUGCCUAAGUUUCUGCAUCUGAGUUCAGAUGGUCUAAAAUAUUUUCUUUUUGAAAAAAAUGCUCCACCUCAUCUUGCAGUUCAGUGAAGAUGACAGGAAGAAGCAGCCCUGCUUUGUCUCAGUGCCCUCCUGCCUGCUCUGCUGAAAAUCAAGUUCUUUUCUUGCUGCUCCCACUCACCACGGCAGCAAAGUCAGCACCGGGGGAAGAAGAUCCAGAGUGGAAAUAAUAUUUUAAUACCUGGAGGGAAGGCUGAGUGCUUCAAGAGAUCUCCUUUACAAAGAAGAAAUUAGAUUUAUUACCAUUGCCUGUGGGGAGGUUUUGGAACAAUGGGAGGUUUGUUUGGUUUUCACUUUACACCUAAAUCAAACGUGGAUGCCAAAUCAUAAAUUACAGCUGCACACUGCACGUCUUUACCAGCUGAUGCUCCUGUUAGUAGAAGUGAGAGGUGCAAAAUGUAAAUAGCUUUCAAAUGAUGUUUGCACAGUUCUAGAUUUACAAAAAAUAAAAACCUCUUAACUUCUUUCUCAAGCUGCAGUGGGCUCCUGCAUGCUUCAAAGCACAAGUUUGUUUGGAAACGAAGACAUGUGAUGAAGGUUGCACAGAUCUGAACAUGUGUAUGCAGUUUUUUCAGCAAAAAAAUAAAGUUUUAUUCUUCAGAAAUGA